AUGUCAGCGGACGCCUACAACGACAAACACGGCGACGAGUACAUCAACCUGGAGGCUCACGACGGACUCUCCACCGACGUGGGCUCGCUCAACGGCGUGACCCACGUUCCGUACCAAGUCAAGAGCGCCUUCGCCAGGCAGAUGAUGGCCGAGUUCUUCGCCACCUUCAUCUGCGUCGUCGUCGGGCUGGCCUGCACAGCGCAGGUCACGCUGAGCUCGGGCACUGCAGGCAGCUUCGUGACCGUCGCGCUCGCGUGGGGCUUCGCCUACUUCCUCGGCAUCACAGUCGGCGGAGGCGUGUCCGGCGCCAACCUGAACCCGACCGUGACCGUCGCGCUCGCGCUGCUCGGCAUGCUGCCGUGGAAGAAGGUGCCCUUCUACAUCCUCGCGCAGACUGUCGCGUCCUACGUGGCCGCGAUGGUCGUCUACAUCCUGUACCGCCCCAUGCUCAACAUCGUGGACCCCGAGCGCACGUCGACCAACGCCAUCUUUGCCACGUACCCACACGAGAACGUGGGCAACUUCACGUGCUUCCUGACCGAGUUCUUCGCCGCGGCGCUGCUGGUCGUGGGCUUCCUGGCGCUGCUCGACGAGCACAACCGCCCCAUCGGCCGCGCCGCCGUUCCCGCCGCCAUCGGCGUGCUCGUCAGCGCCAUCGCCAUGGGCUUCGGCAUGAACACGGGCCUGGCCAUCAACGCCGCCCGCGACCUCGGCCCUCGCCUCUUGAUGCUCACGGUCGGCUUCGGUUCACGCGUGUUCUCGCUCAGCCACUACUACUUCUGGGUCCCGCUCGUGGCCCCGAUCCUGGGCGGCGCCGUCGGCGGCAUCGCCUACCUGGGCAUGGUCGGCUACCACCACCCCGGCCGCUCGUUCGGACCGUACCCGGAGUACCGGUACUAA